AUGCAUGUCAGUGAUAUUCACAUCACUGUGUAUGGGGAACAUAACAGAGGCCCAGAUCUAGAAGUGCUCCUCAGGGAUAUCUCAAAGGCAGUCAAACCAAGUGUGGUAUUAGUGUCAGGUAGCUCCAGGAGUUCCCCUGUGAUAGCUGCCCAUACUGGCAGAUGGAUCCUGCAAUCCUACUAG